AUGUCGCUGAACGAAUCGCUGCUGACAUGCUCGCAAGCGGCCAAGUGCGUAUGGGCAUAUGGGAAGUACUUUGUGGUAGUCUCCCCACCAGCGAACUUCGCAGAGCAGCAUGUGUUUCUUGAGUGGCGCCUAUUCACAAGGCCCACUAUAUGGUCUGCGAAGGAAUAUUAUCAGACUAUCAUGUUUCCGUGGGUCUCGCUGUUGGUUUGCAAGUACGUUAGGUCGUGCACCGCCGUACCCUUCACAAGCUUUGUACUCCAACGAAACACCUCGAUGAGGGCCCACCGGGAUCUCAAUAACGCUCACGACAGCGUCAAUGUGGUGCUGCCUUGUUCGUCCUUCACAGGUGGUGGUCUGUGGCUGCGAUCCCCAAAUGGUGAUGGCCCAUCAAUGGCACCCUCCGCGGACAUGUGCAAAAUCUCGCCGGACAUCGCAUCACCAUUGCCAUCUACACCACCAAGGCGGCAGCCAGCCAGCCUCACCCAGGAGGACAUCGACACCCUGAGGCGCCUUGAGUUUGCGUUACCGGCCCAGCACAGUGAGCGGUAA